CCCAAUCCCAAUCCCAAUCGAUCGUUACACAACAAUUUAACAGCUACGGCCGGUAUUUGACACCCCCGGGAAAACAAAAGGCAGAGACAAGAAUGAUGGAAAUGUUUUGCCCUCAGGAUUUGCAGAGGGAGGAUUUGCAGAGUGGCAUGUUCUGGUAUGAUGCUUAUGAGGCUCCGCCGGUGAAACAAAGCGCUUUUGUGGCGUACACAGAGGGACCCAGUAUUGAGUUUGGGGCAGGGAAUUGGAAUUCAGGUUGGAUCCGGGGAAACAAUAUGAACAAGAGAAUGGUAGAGUUCUUGAGGAGGAGUUGGCAUCCAAAAAUUGAAAUCCAAGAGCACGAGAAAGAACGGGGUUUUCGCCACAUGAUGAACGAGCGGGCGAGGAGGGAGAAGCAGAAGCAAAGUUACAUGGCCCUGCAUUCAGUGUUGCCUUUUGGAACCAAGAGUGAUAAGAGCUGUAUUAUUCGAACGGUGGCCAAGCAAAUUCAAGAGCUGCAACGGCGUGUGGAGGAGUUGAAAAGGAGAAACAAAUUAGUUGUUGAAGCAAGCAUGGUGGCAGUGGAAGGGAAGAGAGACGUAGGGGCAGCCAAGAUUAGAGUAAGAGUGCCUAAUCCUUCAUCUGGGGUUGAUUCUAUGGUGGAAGUUCUUAAAUGCUUAAAGACCUUGGGACUGAAAACCAGAACCAUCCGUUCAAAUUUCUCUGCUCUGGAGUUCUCAGCUGAACUGGAGAUUGAAACCGAGAUGGUGGGAGCUGCUGACGAUGCUGAAAAGGCAAUAGACAAAGAGAUAACACUACAUGAAGUGGAGAGGAAGCUUCUUCUCCAUUUCGACGAAGAAGGAUGAAGAAGCUAUAAACCAAAUGGGUAGUAGGCCGCCAAAGAAAAUCAACAUCUUUUUAACCCUUUUUCUAUGUCAUGUAAAUUAUGAAUGAUUAGGUACCAACUAUAAGGAGAAAAGAAUAAUUUUACUUAGCAUCACACACACCACACUUCUUUUAAUUUAAUUUUUUUUUUUUUUCAUAACAAGUAUGUAAUGUAUAGAUGAUAAGUAGAAUAAUUCAAU